AUGAGGUUUGGUCUGAACAAGUGUGCGACAGUCAGUGUGAAAAGAGGGAAGCUGGAAAGGGUCGAAAGUAUUCUCUUGACAGACGGACAAGCAUUGGCCAACUUAGGGGCAGAACAAAGGUAUAAAUAUCUAGGAGUUCAACAAACGUAUGAGAUUAGGCAGCGAGAAAAUAAGGAAGAAGUCGAAAAAGAACUGAUAAAAAGAGUAAGAACAAUACUGAACACACAGUUAACAGCUAAAAACAAAAUAACUGCACUGAACAUUUGGGCAAUACCAGCUUUCACCUACACGGCUGGAAUUCUUACCUGGUCACGGACGGAUCUAGAAAGGCUCGACAGAAAGAUCAGAACCACUUUGACGCAGUUUGGCUUACUACAUCCAAACUCCGCUAUUGAAAGGCUCUACAUACCACGCAGAGAUGCAGGGCGGGGUCUGAUCAGCUUGGAGGACGGUUACCUGAAAGAGGAAGAAAAGUUAAAAACAUAUUUUGUCAACAAGAACUUACCUGUGCACCAGUGGGUGGCAGCUCAGCGAUAUUCCACCGCAACUCCAGGGUUAAACAACGAGCAGGAGCCUGAAAGAGAAAACAUGGUAGAGAAAUGGAAGGAUAACUGGCGUACCAAACCUCUCCAUGGACGAUUUUACUCCAGCUUACACCAAAUAGAUGUCGACUUACCGAGCACAAAUAUUUACCUUACUCAGGGCUAUCUCUACCCUCAGACUGAAGGCACGUUGAUGGCAAUACAAGAUCAGGUUGUCCCGACGAGAGUCUAUGCAAGACACAUAAUGAAGAUAGACACGGAAACAACAAAAUGCAGACUCUGCAAUAAUGCCGAGGAAUCAGUGCAACACCUUUCUUCAGGAUGUUCUAGUAUAGCCGGCACUAAGUACUUAAGUCGGCACAACAAUAUGGGGAAAGUUGUACAUCAGCUCCUUUGUCUCAAAGAACGAUUACUACAGGGUUUUACCCCGCACCAUUUAUAUGAGCCGAAAUCUGUCUUGGAAAAUGAUAAUGUCAAGGUGUACUGGGUCUUGACAGUGUGUACAGACCCGGGCGUUGAGAGCAACAGACCUGACAUGGUCGUUUGGGAGAAACGCAAGAAGUCGGCAACCAUCAUCGAUUUUUCAGUGCCGCUUGACCAGAAUCUCUCAAAGGCUUAUGGCGAAAAAAUAACGAAAUACGAAGCCUUAUCAAGACAGAUGAAGAGCACCUACCAACUGAAUAACGUAAAAGUAAAGUCACUGAUUAUUAGCUGUAACGGGUUGGUGCACCGAAAAACAGUAAAACAUCUACUUGAGAUGGAUCUCCCCCAUAACACCAUUGCAUGGAUGCAGAAGGCCGUAAUUUUGGGAACGGUCAACAUAAUACGGCAAGUACUUUUCCCUCAUUAA